AUGCGGAUGCAGUGCGCCCUCGUCACCUCGACGGUCGAUGCGCUCACCCUCACGGACAUGUUCAGGCCCCUGUGGGGAAGGGAGACGUCGGGACACCCUGCCAUGUGCAUCGUCCCCACCGCCUUCGCCAAGGCCGAGCCGGAGGCGGAGCGGGUGCAAGCAUUCUUCGACAACCUGUCGGAGAGGUAUAUUCGUGACGAGCUACUGCUCGUCCACGACACCACCCAGGAAGAGCUGGCGUACAUUGCCGCCAAGGCGGAGGAGGCGGCACUUGCUAAGGAGGCCGGCAGCGUGGGCACCAUGGAGGAUGAGGCCGACACGGCCGCAGAAGAGAAAGAGUUUGCCGAGUGGGCGGGGUCUGCUGGGAAGCCAGCGGUGCCGGCGCCGGGGCUCCCCUCGUUGAAGACGUGGUCGAGGAGAGGAGAGCGGCAACAGGAGGAGCAAUUGAGGGCCACCCCCAACACGCCGCCCCCAUCAACCACGCCACCCAGAGGGUUGUCACUGGCAAGGGCAUCUACCGCCAAGCCCACGCGCAUGGAGGAAGGGGAGGCGAGCUUGGGUGCUGGUGGCUCCGUCCCGGCAACGAAUGUUGGCGCGGAGGGAACCACCUCUUCCCAGCCCGACAUGGACCCUCUCUCGACGGACCAGGAGGACAUCGACACCGUCAUCGAGGAGCUCGCCAAGGACGCCGUAGCCGAGGCCGCUAGGAUCGCGGCUGGGGAAGCCGCCAAGUCCGCCACCGAGGAGGCCAACAAUUGGUCUACCGGGGAGGCCGACAAGGCUGCUGCCGAGGAGGCCGACAAGGCCUCUGCCAAGGAGGAUGCCAAGAAGCCUGCCGAGGAGGAGGUGGCCAACGACCAACCUUCCUCCCCUGCAGCCCCCGCGCCGGGAAAAUACCUGAAGGUCGGCGAUGACUUGUUCAUCCGCCUGCCAUGGAUGGCAAGCACCAGGGCACCGGCCGAAGGGGAGGUGUUUGAUGACGAGGCGCUCACGACUGCCGGGCUCCAGGUUGUUGACGAACCGAGCGCCAGCGGCGGCAGUUCCCAGGAGGAGCAGCUCCUCCGGGCCAUGAGCGCCAACUUCCAAAAGCUCCAGGCGCUCCAACGUGCCCGCCAAGACAAGAUGAACUCCAGGAUGGCGGCGGUGGACAAGGCGGAGGCAGAUUUUGAGGAGCACGUUGCUCACACGCAAGUCUGGUUCGGUGAGGCUCGGGAAGAACUGAGGACUGCCCAGGGUGAGCUAGAGGAGCGCAAGCGAGAGCUCAUCCUGAAGCAGGCCGACAUCGAGAAGGCCCAAGAGACGGCGAAGGAACAGGCCGCCAAAGAGGAAGCUGCCCGGCUGCAGCAGCAAGCUCUGCUGAACACCCAGGAGGAAGACCUCGUUGCCCGCGAGCAGGCGCUUGCCGCCACGCUCUGCGGCAAGGACGAGGAAAUCGGGAAGAUCGUCGUGCAAUGGACCCAGGAGCUAGAGCAGAAGCAUAAGUACGCACUUGAUGCUCUAGCCCUGGACCACGCUAGCAAGGUGGAGAAGCUAGAGCUGGAGUUGGGGCAGCUGAAGAAGGAGAUCUUGACGCUGACGGAGGAGAGGGACACGGGCAACUGCACUCUGGCGGAUUCGCAGGCCGCCAUCUCCGACAAGGCCAAGCUGCUCUUCGAGGCCAACGACUCCAUUAACAAUCUGAAGCUGAAACUGGACGGCUUGGAGGGGAUGCUUUCAGAGGUCACGGCCCGAGAGGAGACCCUAAACAAGGCCCUCGAGACCGAGAUGCAGCUGCGGAGUGAUGACGCCGCCGCCCAUAAGGAAUAUGUGGGCAUCGUCAAUCUCUGGAUCAGCCGCCUCGUCGACGUUACGGGGAGGCUCACCGCGCAGCUAGCCAUCAUGGGCAUGCCGGAUGUCAGGUACUCCCAGGAGCCGAACAUGAGCCCCAAUGCCAGGCCGACCUUGUUCUUCGAGCGCAUCCUCAACGCCCUCGAGCAGCUCCGCUCCAAUCGAGUGGCUUAUCUGGCCAACGAGUCCCGCAGGCUCUGCCGGGGCGCCCUGACCAAGGUGCUCACCAAGGUGGCGUUCUAG